AUGGCGUCUGUUCAGGCUGCCCCCGCGGUUCAGCAUGCUGUUCCUCAAAGCAUGUCCCAGCUCAAUGGUCAACAGAUCAAGGAAAUGUACAUGCGUUUCAAGCAGAUGCAAGAAGCAGGCGUUUCCCGGACAGAUCCCGAGUUUCAGAAGCUUAAUCAGUUUCUGCAGAGUGUUCAGCACCAGCAACAAAUGCAAAAUGCCUACCGUGCACAGCUACAGCAGAAGCAGGCCGUUAUCGCCAACGGGCAGCUUAAUGGCACAUCGCAACCCCCGGCCUCUGCCUCGCUCGGCGCGUCUGCUCUGCCUUCCGCAACGAAUCCGGCAGCACAGCCUCAUGCCUCUUCACCCUCGACCGCAUCGCCCACUGCCCAGUUCAACCAGCAACAGCUGAAUCUUCUGAAGCAGCAGAUCCACGCAUUCAAACUUUUGCAAAAGAAUACCGGUGUGCCAUAUCAAUUGCAACAGGCACUGAAUUCGCAACGACAGCGCAGACAAGCUAUUGCUGAGCCAUCAGCACAACCUCCAGCUUCUGUCGCCGCCACACCCACGAACGAUGCCACCAAAGCCGGUUCCGCUGCUCCUGAUGGCGUCCCCGAGUCCGAUGAUUCUGCUGCCACCAACAGUCGGACUUACAAGACCGUGAAGACACCCUACGAAGCUGGACUUGUUAAGAAGGACAUCAGCUACUAUGAGCACGGACAGCGAAGCAACCGCCUCAUCAUCCCUAGCAUCACUCCUACCGGCGUCGACUUUGAGCAAAUAAGGCACGAGCGUGAGAUCAUUGUGUUCAAUCGCAUGAAGGCCAGAUAUACCGAGCUCAAAGCUGUUCCAGGUAACUUGGCCCACUGGGACACAACAAAGGACACAGUUGAGGCGGAUGACACAAUCAGACGGAAAGCCAUAAUAGAAUUCAAGGCCCUCGGUCUCUACGCCAAGCAACGUGCUCUCCGGGAAAAGGUUGGACGCCAAAUGAUGCAUUUUGACAACUUGGCCAUGACCACGAACCGAAGUCAGUACAGACGUGUCAAGAAGCAAAGUGUCCGGGAAGCUCGGAUUACGGAGAAAUUGGAGAAGCAGCAGCGCGACGCAAGAGAGCAUCGUGAGAAGAAGAAGCACACCGAUUUCCUCGACUCCGUUCGCCACCACAAGGCAGAGAUCCACAACUCAGCGCAGGCUGCUAGAAGCAAGAUGUCUAAGAUGGGACGUGCCAUGUUCGCUCAACACUUCAACAUUGAGAAGGAAGAGCAGAAGCGUAUCGAAAGAACUGCCAAGCAACGUCUGCAGGCUCUUAAGGCAAACGACGAGGAAGCUUAUCUCAAAUUGCUUGACCAGGCCAAGGAUACACGUAUUACACACUUGCUGAGACAAACCGAUGGCUUCUUGAAGCAGUUGGCCGCCUCUGUCAAGGCGCAACAGCGCCAGGCAGCUCAAUUGCAGAACGGCGAGGAGAUCGAGAGUAGUGAGAGCGAAAUGGAGGAAGAAGAGGACGAGGAGAGCGGUCGCAAGAUCGACUAUUAUGCUGUUGCUCAUCGCAUAAAGGAAGAGGUUACCCAGCAAGCCAGUAUUUUGGUGGGUGGUUCGCUCAAGGAAUAUCAGCUCAAGGGUCUUCAGUGGAUGUUGUCGCUCUACAACAACAACCUCAACGGUAUUCUCGCCGACGAAAUGGGUCUCGGAAAAACCAUUCAGACUAUUUCUUUGGUCACUUACUUGAUCGAAAAGAAGCUGCAGAACGGACCAUAUCUGGUCAUUGUACCGCUGAGUACCUUGACAAAUUGGACUCUUGAGUUCGAGAAGUGGGCCCCUGCCGUUACCAAGAUUGUCUACAAGGGUCCACCCAAUGCCCGCAAGCAACAGCAAGAAAAGAUCCGUCAGGGUCGUUUCCAAGUUCUGCUCACAACCUACGAGUACAUCAUCAAGGACAGACCUAUUCUCAGCAAGAUCAAGUGGUUCCACAUGAUUAUCGACGAAGGUCACCGUAUGAAGAACGCCAACUCCAAGCUCAGUGCUACAAUUGCUCAGUACUACAGCACUCGCUUCCGUCUCAUUCUCACUGGUACUCCUCUUCAGAACAAUCUCGGUGAACUGUGGGCUAUGCUCAACUUUGUCCUGCCAAACAUUUUCAAAUCAGUCAAGACGUUUGAUGAAUGGUUCAAUACUCCUUUUGCCAACACUGGAGGUCAAGAUAAGAUGGAGCUCAAUGAAGAAGAACAGAUCCUUGUCAUUAGGCGUCUGCACAAGGUUCUACGACCGUUCUUGCUGAGACGUCUCAAGAAGGAUGUCGAGAAAGACUUGCCUGACAAGACAGAAAAGGUCAUCAAGUGCAAGUUCUCUGCGUUGCAGACUCGUCUGUACAAGCAGAUGGUUACGCACCAGAAGAUUGCUGUGUCCGACGGCAAGGGCGGCAAGGCUAAUGCUCGCGGACUAAGCAACAUGAUUAUGCAGCUCCGAAAGUUGUGUAAUCACCCCUUCGUCUUCGAUGAGGUCGAGAACCAGAUGAACCCCACGAAUACCAGUAAUGACCUCCUGUGGAGAACAGCUGGUAAAUUCGAGCUUCUGGACCGCGUUCUCCCCAAGUACAAAGCGAGCGGUCACAGAGUUCUCAUGUUCUUCCAAAUGACUGCUAUUAUGGACAUUAUGGAAGACUUUUUGCGUUUCCGUGGUAUUCAGUUCAUGCGCUUGGAUGGUACGACCAAAUCCGAGGACCGUUCUGACCUGCUCAAGGACUUCAACGCACCUGACUCACCGUACUUCAUGUUCUUGCUCUCUACUCGCGCUGGUGGUCUGGGUCUGAACCUCCAGACCGCCGACACCGUCAUCAUCUACGAUUCCGAUUGGAAUCCUCACCAGGACUUGCAAGCCCAGGAUCGUGCUCAUCGUAUCGGACAGAAGAACGAGGUUCGUAUUCUGCGACUCAUCAGCUCGAACUCCGUGGAGGAGAAGAUCUUGGAGCGCGCUCGAUACAAGCUUGACAUGGAUGGCAAGGUCAUUCAGGCCGGUCGUUUCGAUAACAAGUCUUCGGAAACUGACCGUGACGCUAUGCUGCGAACUCUACUUGAGAGUGCUGACAUGGCCGAGGCUGGCGAGCAGGAUGAGAUGGAUGACGAGGAACUCAAUAUGAUCCUGGCGAGAAAUGAGGACGAACUUGCGCUUUUCCAAAGACUCGAUGAGGAACGAUCAAAAGAUCCCAUCUAUGGUACUGUUGCUGGCAACAAGGCUGUCCCGAGACUGAUGGCGGAGAAUGAGCUUCCCGAAAUCUACUUGUCCGAGGGUAAUCCUGUUGAAGAUAUUCAAGAGGAGGUCCUGGGUCGUGGUGCUCGUGAGCGCACCAGAGUCAAGUAUGACGAUGGUCUCACUGAGGAGCAGUGGCUCAUGGCCGUUGAUGAUGAUGAGGACAGCCCGGAGGCUGCGGCUGCGCGUAAGCAAGCCAGAAAAGAUCGACGAGAGGCCAAUAGGGUCAAGCGUGCCGGUGGGGUUGCUGCUUCCGACGCAAACUCACCCGCUCCAAGUCGCGCAAGUACAGAAGAGGUUGAGACGCCGCCAAAGAAGCGUGGCCGCAAGCCUGGCAGCAAGAACGAUAAGCGGAAGGCUGAUGAGGAAGAUGCCGAGCCACCUGCCAAGAAACGCCGCGGACCAGGCGGACGCCCCAAGGCAGUGGCAGUCAAUGGCAACGACGCACGUCUGCCUGGUGAAGUUCGUGCUGUACUGCAAAGGUCUCUACGGUCCUUGUACGAUGGGCUCAUGGCUCUCGAAGCUGAUGACCCUGAGCCCGAGGAGAAGCAGGAGGAUGACGACGAUGAAGAGCCUCUGAAGCGUCUCAUCAUUGGUCCGUUUGUCAAGCUGCCUUCGAAGCGCGACUACGGCGACUACUACCAGUUCAUCAAGAACCCGAUUUGCAUGAAUCAGAUACAAGCCAAGAUCAAGAAGGAGGAAUACAACAGCCUUGACGAUAUGCGCAAGGACAUCACAUUGAUGUGCAACAAUUGCCGGACAUACAACGAUGAUGGUAGCUUGUUGUAUGCUGACGCUAAUGUCAUGGAGAAAUUCUUCAACGACAAGGCGCAGCAGGUGCUGAGUGCCCAUCCCGAGCUAGCGGAACUAGAGGACCCGUCAGUGAAGGAGAGUAGCGCUGCUCCCACGACAAAUGCCGGCACACCUCAACCAGUUGCGGCUCCAACGCGGAUAAAACUUGUGACUAAUGGCGCAAGUCAAGCCAAUGGCGGUCCGAGUGGUCCUCAGAGUGAAGGAGAAUAG